CAUUAUGGUUUGAUCUGAUCCGAUCUCAUCAAAUUUUAACAUUAUUACGAUUCAUCCGAACUGGAAGGACUAUCAAUUUUGGUAUACCCUAAUCUUUGGGUUGUUUAGUUUUGCAGUCUCCAAGUCAUAGAAGAGCCCAAAACCACACCCAAGUUGAAGCACUGAUGACGUGCACUCUAUCUUCUCCCCUUAUUCAAUACUCAGCUCCCACCAUUACCAAACCAAAAACACAACUUUUCUUCAUUUCCUCUCAAAAUCAAAAUCAAAAUCAAAAACCCUAAAUCCCAAAAAAAUGAUUCUUCAAUCUACACUCUCACCUUCAACACCCCAUUCUCUCUCCUCAAAUUUCUCAUCAAUUUCUCUCUCUUUCCCAUCUGGGUCUUACUCCUUCAUCUCUUUUCCAACUGCUAAACCCCUUAAUAAAUUUUCUGUAAAAUGCUCUGUUCCUCAAGUUUAUAGUCAUGGAACUUUGGACUAUGAGAAGAGACCAAUGCCAAAAUGGAACAAUAUAUAUAGGAAGAUUGCUUUGAUGGAUAACCCAGAAUUUGGGGUUGCUUCUGUGUUGAAUCAGUUUGAGAAUGAAGGUAAAAGGUUAACUAAAUGGGAACUUUGUAGAAUUGUUAGAGAGCUCAGAAAGUUUAAGAGAUUUCAGCUUGCUCUUGAGGUUUACGAAUGGAUGAGUAACAGAAUAGAGAGGUACAAAAUAACCAGCAGCGAUACAGCUAUCCAACUAGACCUAAUUGCCAAAGUUCGUGGAGUUGCAAGUGCCGAAGAAUAUUUUGUAAGGGUACCUGACACUCUCAAAGACAAUCGAAUUUUUGGAGCUCUCCUCAAUGCCUAUGCGGGUGCGAAAGUAAGGAACAAAGCAGAAUCCUUGAUGGGGCGAAUGAGAGAUAAAGGUUACCUUAAUCACCCUCUUCCCUUUAAUGUGAUGAUGACUUUUUACAUGAAAAUCAACGAAUACGACCAAGUCGAGAAACUGGUUUCUGAAAUGAAGCAGAGAAGCAUACCGCUUGAUCUGUACUCUUACAAUAUUUGGCUGUCUGCACGAGGUUCGUAUGGUUCUGCUGAAGGGAUGGAACAAGUUUUUGAAGAAAUGAAGUUGGAACCAACAAUUGUUCCUAAUUGGACUACUUACAGCACUGUAGCUGCUGUUUAUAUCAAGUUGGAAAUGCUUGAAAAAGCAGGACAAUGCCUUAAAGACCUUGAGACAAGAAUCACUGGACGAGACAGGAUGCCUUAUCAUUAUCUUAUAAGUCUCUAUGGUAGUUUGGGAAACAAUGAAGAAGUUUACCGUGUUUGGAACACAUAUAAAUCAACUUUUGCCAAUGUCCCAAAUUGGGGCUAUCAUUCUGUGAUCUCUUCACUUGCCAGGUUGGCUGAUAUUGAGGGAGCUGAGAAAAUUUACGAAGAAUGGCUUUCAGUGAAGGCUUCAUAUGACCCUAAAGUUGCGAAUCUUCUCAUGGGAUGGUAUGUUCGGGAAGAACCUUUUGAGAAAGUCAAGAGUUUCUUUGACCACAUGGUUGAAGAUGGAGGGAAGCCAAAUUCAGGCUCGUGGGAGAUUCUUGGAGAAGGUCAUAUCAAAGAGGGAAGGAUUUCUGAAGCAUUAUCUUGCUUCCGGGAAGCAGUGUUAGUUGACAGUCCAUCAAAUUGGAGGCCUAAACCUCCUAAUGUGUCUGCAUUUAUAGAGCUAUGUGAACAAGAAGCUGACCAUACCAGCAAAGAGGACUUCAUUGUAUUAUUGAAGCAACUUGGUUGUUUACAAGAUGAAUCGUACAGGUCACUUCUGGUUGGACUCAGUGACAUUGAUAUUGGCAUGGAUGAAGGGCAGUUUGUCUUUAAUAAAGAAGCUGAAGAGAUGGAGAGCGAAGAACCUGAAAUGCUGUUCUCAGUAGCGGAGUAAUUAAUAAUCUGAUAUUCAGUUACUCCGUAUAGAGAUGAACGGUGCAUGAGGUGCAUUGUUGUGAGAGCUAGUUUUCUAAGCACAGGGUGGUCAGAGUAACACUAUUCUUGCAGCUUCUACCAUGAUGAGAUGGCAUAGGCUAUCAGUUUACCUCUCACGACCUCCAUUUUCUCAGAAGAAUGUUUGAAUAUUUAUCAAAAAAUUCCAAAUGACUGGAUUGUGAGUAAUUAGGUUGCUUAGUUUUCUGAAUUGAGUUGGGCUACAAAGUAUGGUUGAUGGAUUAUGUAGUUUACUAGUCAUGUAUAUGAGCUCUUUCAUUGCAGAACCUUGAAAUAUACUGAUACUUUAGACUUCCAAAAUGAAGGAUUAGUAAAAUGUUGAUCCUUCACAAUUUUGAAAUUUAGUAGAAGUAAUUCUUGUAUCAAUGAUUUUGGCUUUGGGAUUAUCAUGUUGGAGUAUCGGAAUAUAUACGAAGUUACGUGUUGAAUCA